GGGCUGAGGAGGCGGGCCGGCUCCAGGAAGGCACAAUUGGGAGCGGAGCAGGAGAAGAAGGAGCCGGUUUACCUCUCUCGGCGGUCAUGGCAGGCUCGGAACAGCGGCGGGCGGCAGGCAAUGUCGAGUUGGAUAGCCGACCUAUAUUAACCGCCCCAGAUGGAAAUCAGAACAUCACAGAAGUGGAUGCACUUGAUAUAAGGCAAUCACUCGACCCUGCAGUGCAAUACAAAAUGAACCAUCAAAGAAGGGGAGUUGCAUUAAUCUUCAAUCACGAGCACUUCAAUUGGCGUUUGAAGCUGGGAUUCAGACGUGGGACUGCUGCAGACAGAGACAAUCUGAGCCGCACUUUGACAGGCCUUGGAUUUGAAGUCAGAGUUUUUGAAGAUCUGCCAGCAGAAGAAGUGCUGCAGACAAUUCAUGAAGCCUCUAAGGAUGACCACAGCGAUGCCGACUGCUUUAUUUGUGUCUUCCUGAGUCAUGGUGAGGACGAUCACAUUUAUGCUUUUGAUGGCCAAAUCAAAAUUGAGACAAUCACAGACAUGUUCAGAGGAGACAAGUGUCAGAGUCUGGUAGGCAAACCGAAGAUUUUUAUCAUUCAGGCAUGUCGUGGUGAUAAACAUGAUGAUCCAGUUAUUGCUCAGGAUUCAACAGACACUAGCGAUGGAUCCAUUGUCAAUGAGACUGAAGUGGACGCAGCUGCUGUCUAUACCCUCCCUGCUGGUGCAGACUUUAUCAUGUGCUACUCUGUGGCACAAGGUUACUUUUCUCAUCGUAACACUGUAGACGGCUCCUGGUACAUUCAAGAUUUGUGUGAGGUGCUUAGGAAGCACAGCUGUUCCCUGGAGUUCACAGAAAUUCUUACUCUCGUUAACAGGAAAGUAUCUUGUCGCAGAGUGGAUAUGUGCCGUGACAUUAAUGCUAUAGGAAAAAAACAGAUUCCCUGUUUUGCUUCAAUGUUAACUAAAAAAUUGUAUUUUCACCCAAAAUCUAAGUAGAUUGGUGCUUAACAAUGAGAACACUCACUGCAGAGGUCAAAAACACACCACGUUAGUCCAGGAGACUAAUAUUCUACAAGACUGUCUGCAAAAACACUGGGAUAAAACAUGAUACUUUGUAUACAUAAUAGUUGCUAAAAUCUUACAGCAUUUUAAAUCUAGUACGACAGCUCUGUUCAUCUCAGGGAAUUUGGGAAAAGCUGAUUGGUGCAAAACUGUUAAGAGGUGCUCAAAUUUCACUGAAACCAGUACUCUAGAUUAGUAUAUUUUCUUAAAACUUUUUUACUUGAUUGCUAACUAUUGCAUAUUUUACUAUCUCCAAAACAUUUCAAAUGUUGUAUUAGAUUAGCUUUUCUGGCUCCAAGAGCACAGUUUACAGGACAUCUUUUGAUGUCUGUGGACAGCAGUAUCCCUUACCUUCCAAUUUCUGUCAAUUUAUAGCUUGUUAGACAUUUUUUCUUUUCUCUCAACACUAAAAAGGAACUAUUAAUUCCUUGAGUACAACUGUAGCAUUAAUAUAGAUAAAGGGCUUCCUUAUGCUUGCACGUCAUUUGCAGUUAGGGUGCAAUUAAAGCUUGGUGGUGCUUUGCAUCCUCAGGAGAAAAGCAAGCGGUGGUGAAAGGAGACCAGGAACAGCUUGCUUGGCGUGGCUUUGGGUCAGUCACCUCCUACACAUCUCUGAAGCAAAUCAUUGCAAGGUUCCAGCUUCACUUACAGCUGCUGGACCUCUCUAGGCAGCUC